AUGUGGUUCAGGAACGAUCUUCGACUUCAAGACAACAGAGCCCUCUAUGCAGCGUCGUUGCGGUCAAAACUCGGAGACAAGAGGAACGUGAUUGGACUUUUCAUAGUUUCGAACUCGGAAUGGGCUGGCCACGACGAGGCACCUGUCAAGAUCGAUUUUUGGAUGAGGAAUUUGGCUGAAUUGAAGCGAUCUCUGGCCAGGCUGCAUAUUCCAUUGAUCGUCAAGAGGGCAUCGUCGGGCUCGGAUGUGAUUAGACUAGUGGAGUCAACAGUGAAGGAUCUGGAUAUCAGUCACGUCUUCUGGAACACAGAGUACCUAGUCGACGAGCAAAAACGGGAUGCUACUGUUAAGUCUGCUAUUGUGAAGCUGCCAGGCGUCUACGUUGAGGAGUAUGAGGAUCAGUGUGUUGUACCACCCAAGGAGAUGAAAAACAAGGCUGGAGAAGCAUACACGGCCUUUGCUCCGUUUAAUAGCACUUGGUGCAAUGUUGUGGAGACCAAGCCUCACUAUCUUGAACUCUCGCCGGCUCCAGACGCCAAUCCAGCAGAGGCGAAGCAGUUGUAUGCAGAGCACUUCAACGCGACCAUCCCUUCCUCCCACCCACACGCGCUGGAUCAGGAUGAGAUGGAGCGUCUUUAUCCAGCUGGAGAGGAGGCUGCGCAUGAAAAACUGCAAGAAUUCGUCGAGCAAAAGCUUAUGCAGUAUCAUCUCAACAGGGACAACCUUCAUAAUCAUGAUGCUGUCGUUUUGAGCCCCUAUCUAUCCAGUGGCAUUCUUUCGGCACGCCAAUGCGUUGCCGCAGCUCGCGCCGCAAACAACAACAAAAUCAUCAUUGGCAAUGAGGGCGUCAAGACCUGGAUCAAAGAGAUUGUCUGGAGGGAAUUUUAUCGUCACAUCCUGGUUUUCUUCCCGAGAGUCUGCAAGAACUUGCCAUUCAAUCCUAUCACAGAGAACAUUCGCUGGAGCAACGAUGAUCGCAAGCUUCAAAUAUGGUGUCAGGGCAAGACCGGAUAUCCUCUUAUUGACGCCGGUAUGCGGCAGCUCAACACGACGGGAUACAUCCACCACCGCGUACGCAUGUACGUCGCUUGCUUUCUUGUUAAGGACUUGCUGAUCAGCUGGCAGAAGGGCGAGAAGUACUUUAUGAACAAUCUCGUCGAUGGCGACCUCGCAUCCAACAAUGGAGGCUGGCAAUGGUGCGCAUCGACAGGCGUAGAGGCCCAGCCUUAUUUCCGCAGCUUCAAUCCUGUCGUUCAGUCUCAAAAGUUGGAUCCUUCGGGCGAAUACAUCCGUCAGUGGGUACCAGAAUUGAAAAACCUUUCUGACAAACACAUCCACGAUCCUUAUCAUGCGCUCUCUGCAAAGGAAUUUGGAAAGCUGGUCUACCCCAAACCCAUUGUGGACCAUGCAGAGGGCAAGAAAAAGUUCGUGGAGGAGUAUAGGCGCAUUUUGAUUCAAAAGUAA